AUGAGCGACGCACCGGACCGGUACGGGUACUCGAACCCGCCUCCACAGCGGGCGGUUUCAGGCUCGGCGCGCAAGCAGCAGCGCGCGGCGUACGAGGCCGCGGCGGUCGGCCGCACGGCCUCAGAUCAGGCGGGGCUCGCGACGGCGGGCGGCGGAUUCGACACGUACCUCGGGGGCGCGAACGAGGAGCGGCUGCGGGCUGCGCAGGAGCGGAGGCUGCGCGCGGGGGCCGCGGGGGAGGACGCCGGGGGCGCGCGGUCGGGCCGGCAGCGCCGCACGUGGGGGGAGUCGCCCUCGAUGGUGGGGGGGGUUGAGAUCAAGGCGUCCGACGGGAGCAGGAUGCGCGUCAAGUCGCCGCUGCCCCCGGCGCACCGUGCGCCGGACGACCGCGCGUGCGCGCCGCUGCAGCACGCGGCGGUCCCGCAGCACCGCGCGGUGUCUGCGCGCGACACGCCGGCGCCGACGUCGUCCGGGGCGGGGGCGGACGCGGCGUCGCGGGUCCGCAGUGCCGGCGGAGCGGCGGCCGCGGCGUCGUCGUCGCUGCUGCAGCAGGUGGCGCGCGACGAGGAGGAGGCGACCCCCCCGGGGGAGUCUGUGUCGCCACGUCUGUCGGGCAAGCGCGGGCUGCGGAUCCAGAGCGCGCGGACGGGCGAGGUGCUCAUGUCGAUCAGCCAGCUCGCGCCGCAGAACCCGGACGACUUCGCCGGCGCCGACGACGCCGCGCCUGCGCCGGGGGGGGAGUCGCCCGACAGCAGCGACCGCUCGAGCGCACACGGCGGGAUCGGCCUCGGCGCGGCCGACCUCGACGUGCUGCGGCAGAGCAUGGCCACGCUCGGCUUCUCCAGCAACAAGUUCGCCGCGCUCGACGCCCGAGCGCCGCCCGCGAACAGCGCCGACGACGGCGACGGCGCGGCCUCGGAACCGCGCCCGGGCGACGAUGACGACGUCGACGAGGUGUACGAGGAGGACUUCGAGGGCCCGACGGUCAUCGAGUCCGACCCGGACUCGGACAUCGACGAGGAGUUCCGCCCGCCGUCGCCCCGGCACCGCCAGCGCCCGCAGCCGCCCGCGCAACCGCCUCGCCCGCCGCCGCCGCCGGAGGACCCGAUGCCGGUGAUGUCGGCCGCGGCCGGACGCAUCAAGCGCCCGCUGUCCGGCCGACCGAACCCGCAGCAGACGCCCGAGGCGGUCGCCCCGGCGGCGCGCCCGCUGAGCCACCGCGACGGGCCUGCGCAGCGCCUGCAGGCGCCGGCGCCGGCGCGCCCACAGGGCAGCGACAUGCAGUCCGUGCUGGUAGCUGUCGCGCAGGAGAACCAGCGAGCGCGCGCGCGGGCCGCUCCGGCCCCGGCUGCGCCACCAGCGCCCGCGCAGCCGCCGCCUGCAGCGCCGCAGCCCCGGUCGCGCCCGAAGCGCGUGCCGUCCCAGAAGCCCGCCGCGGCUGCCGCGGGGCAGGCCAGCCCGGCGACGCCCGGCGAGGCGAUCGUGCAGUCGCUGCAGCAGCAGAUGGAGGCGCUCCCGGAGGAGUUCCGCGGCGUGCUGGGGGGGGUAUUGGGGCGCCUCAAGGGGGUCCAGGACGCCGGGGGCGACAUCGUGCAGCUGCUCUCGGGCCUGACGGCGCCAGAGGCGCCGCAGCAGCGCCAUGCCGCGCCCCCAGCAGCGGCGCCGACGUCUGUGUUGGCGGCAGGCCCCGAGACCGCGAGGGCCCCGGGCGCGGAGGCGGCGCCCGCGCCGGCGCGGCCCGCGGACUGCGUGGUGCUCCGUCUCUUCAGCUCGUGGGACGGCGGCCCCGAGGUCGGACUGACUCAGGUAGAACUUGUAGACGGCAAGGGGCGGAAACUCCCCCUGCAGCGGCACCACGUGACGGUGCACGGGGCGCCGCCGGGCGUGGUGGGGCGGCUGGUGUCCGGGCGCACGCACACGACGGAGCAGUCGCACAUGUGGCUUGCGCGGCUUCCGAAGCACGGCGCGGGCGGCGCGCGGCCGCACGUGGACGUGGUGGUCGAGGUGCCCCCGCUGGCGCCCGGGCAGACGCCGCCGGAGCAGGUGCGCGUGUGGAACUACAACCGCGGCCUCCUGGGCCUCGGCCGCGGCGCGAAGGACGUCCAGAUCCGCCGCAACGACACCGUUGUGUGGCAGGGGGUGUUGCGCAAGGGCACGGGGAAGGCCACGGGGGACUAUUCGACAACGGUCCCCCUGGUGGCCGGCGCGGCGGGCACGCAGCCCCCGCGGCACCCCUCGGGCGCGGAGGGCAAGGCGUCGGCGCUGCAGGCGCUCAAGCGCAAGUCGCAGAAGCGUCUGUCCGCGGCGUCGCGGCGGGCGUCGGAGAUGAGCGAGGGCCGCGCGACCGCCGAGCACAGCGGGCGGCCGUCGCCGGAGCCGUCGCGCGCGUCGGGCGGCGCGGGUCGGCCGCUCGAGGGCGAGCCGACGACGUCGAAUCGCCGGCGCGGGGGUCCCGGCGGGACGCGCCGGAGUGGCUGGCGGGGGGCGGCGGCGGGUGCACGCCGGGCGUGCUGGUGCGCGGCGAGGUCAGCGACUCGCUCGCGGGGAUCGAGCUCGGCUCGGAGCCCAGGUCGCGGGCGCCACGGGAGGGGCGGCGCUGGCAGCAGCACCCCCGCCAGAGGCGGCGUCCCCGCCGGACGACAGCGCGCCCAAGCGGCCGCCGCGGCAGCGCGCGGGUGA